AUGGCCAAGGCAGCAGCAUCACAGUCGCCGUCCUCCGCCAUGGCAUCAUCGGCUUUAAAAAAGCCCUUCUCCAAAGGCUAUCUCUCCAAAGCAUCGUUUAGAUCCAGAGAAUGGUCUGCAACCCGAAGAGCAGCCGAAGAGUCCCUCACCACACAAAUUCAAUACACUUUUAAUGGGCUCAUCGCACUCCUUGUCAUGCACACACUCUCUUCUCCGUCUUCUCUCUCCCUAGCACAUCUCUCCUCCCACUUGCAUCUACCUUCUUCACUCCACUCCAUCAUUCCAUCAUGGCUCAGAUUGCCCUCCCUUGCACAAUUUGCAUCCGACCUACCCAACGCUUCCGAACGAGGUGCACACCAACUCUGGUCCAAUCUCGUCGGUGAAGCAAGCAGUCUCGGCCCCUUCCGCAGCGAAGCUCGUGGGUUUGGACACCCUCUUACAGCAUUGCACAACUUCACACGCGCUUGCUUGGGGCUCUCUUACCCUGUACCCGAUGCCCUUUCUUCGCCCAUUGCUGCAUUGAAGCACGACUCCCUCCCACACUCGGUCCGCGCUGCUCCAUGGGCUCUCCUCUAUGGCUUGCCAGGCUACUUGUACGAGCGAGGAUUGAAAGAUGCACUCUUCGUCGCAACCCUAGUCCUACUCUUCACCCUCGCUCGAGCUCUUCUCAUGAAAUAUCUCCUCCUACCCCUUGGCGAAAUCGCAGUGCCACACCUUUCCGAGUCCCGCAAAACUCGCACCUCUUCCUCCCCUGACUCCAUCGCCGAACGGGCGAAACUUCUCCGCAAUCGCGAAAAGGAAGUCCUUCGAUUCGCAGAACAGGGCUUCUCCCUCAUCUACUACUCUUUCUCCUGGUCUCUCGGCCUCUAUGUCGCUUCCUCUCAACCUUAUUGGCCUUUUAACACGAUCGAAUACUGGACACACUAUCCGCAAUUCCGCCUCGAACCUUUGUUCAAAUUUUACUACCUCGCCUCCUGUGCGUUUUACAUCCAACAACUAUUCGUCCUUCACCUCGAAGCGAAGCGUUCGGACCACUGGCAGAUGUUUUCUCAUCACGUCAUAACGAUCGCUCUCAUCUCCGGCAGUUAUAUCUGCAGCUUCCACAAGGUCGGCAAUGCGAUCCUCUGUUUGAUGGACCCGAGCGAUAUUGCACUAAACAUUGCCAAGAUGCUAAAGUAUGCAGGAUGGCAAACAACAUGCGACAUUGCAUUUGGUCUGUUCAUGCUCAGUUGGUUAGUAACAAGGCAUUUGCUGUAUAUCCGAGUGGUUUGGAGUUGCGUUUUCGACCCAGUCAAGGCUAUGACUUUUAAGCCAACAAAUCAUCUAACAGGGGACUUUUUUACAAAGACAGCGCAUAGGGUGUUGGUGGUGUUACUGUGUGCAUUGCAGGUGAUAUUGUUGAUGUGGUUUUAUAUGAUUUGUAGAGUGGCUUAUAGGGUGGUGACGAAGGCCGGUGCGGUUGAUAGUAGGAGUGAUGCAGAGAGUAGUUAUGAGGAUGAAAUGGAUGAGCCAGUCGAGGGGCUAGCGGCUGAGGUGGUGGGGAGGGAGACGGACAAGUUGCAGCAGACGACCAAAGGGCAGAAGAAGAAGAAGUCGAAACGUCGAUAG